AUGCGGGAAGUCAGGGCCUCCAGGGGCCAGGGCCAGUCCCCCAACUGGACUGGCACUCUGGACCUGUCCUGGGUCAUGCUGCUCAUGUACGUGCUGGCAGCCCUGGAGCUCGCCUGCCUCUUCAUGCAGUUCUCCGUCUUGCCCUACCUGUCCUGGAGGCUGGGCCUGGACUCUGUUGCCUUCGGCUACCAGCAGACCAUCUUUGGCGUGCUUCAGCUGUUGGGCGGGCCCGUGUUUGGCAGGUUCGCAGACCAGCGCGGGGCGCGGGCAGCGUUCACGCUCUCCUUCCUGGCGUCCUCAGCGCUCUACCUGCUCCUGGCUGCCGCCUGCAGCCCGGCCCUGCCCGGCGCGCCCUUACUCUUUGCCUCGCGCCUGCCCGGCGCCCUCAUGCACACGCUGCCAGCCGCCCAGAUGGCCAUCACGGACCUGUCUGCGCCUGAGGAGCGGCCCGCGGCCCUGGGCCGGUUGGGUCUGUGCUUCGGCGUUGGCGUCAUCUUCGGCUCCCUGCUUGGCGGGACCCUGAGCAGCACGUGCGGGAUUCAGUGUCCGGUCAUCUUGGCUCUCGUGGUCAACCUCCUGGGAGCCAUCCUCAGCUUCACCUGCAUCCCCAUCAGCACCAAAGGGGCCAGCGCCCAUGCCCAGGCUGCUCUGCCAGGGAAACCCAAGGCCAGCGUGUUUGACCUAAAGGCCAUCACCUGCCUGCUGCUGCAGCCCGGCGUCCUGCCGGUGUUUCUGGUCAAGGUCAUCUGCGGCUUCCCCUCAGGGCUCCUCAUGGUCACGUUCUCCCUCAUCUCCAUGGGCUGCUUUCGGCUGCAGGCCGCCCGGGCCGGCUACCUCGUGCCCCUCUUCGGGGUCCUCCAGAUGGUCUUCCAGGGCCUGGUCAUCGGGUGGCUGAGCAGCCACUUCUCUGAGGGAGCCCUGCUCCGGGGCAGCGUGCUGGUGUUCAGCGUGGUGGGACUGGCCAUGGCGCUGAUGGCCAACGUCUUCCACUUCUGCCUGCUCCUGCCCGGCCUGGUCUUCAGCCUCUGUGCCCUCAGUGUGGUCACCGACAGCAUGCUGACCAAGGCCGUCUAGGCCUCAGACACGGGAACCAUGCUGGGCCUCUGCGCCUCUGUGCAGCCGCUGACCAGAACCUUGGGGCCCACCCUGGGAGGCCUCCUGUACCACAGCUUCGGAGUCCCCGUUUUCGGCCACGUGCAGUUCGCUGUCAACUUCCUUGUCCUGCUGGUCCUCUGGAGGCAGCCUGUGCCCCCAAAGAUGGACAAAGCCUGGUGA